GUCGUAGACGACACGGACUAGUGAGUUGCGACCUAGUUUUGUCCUCACAGACGAUCAUAUGUUGGAGUAGUUGGCUAAGUGCAGCUGGAAAGAUUUGCACCAACAUAGGACAAAUAGGAAGCAAAAAGAAACCAUGAGGAGAGGAGAGGUGGAGGUGGUGUUCGUGGCCACGCCGGCGAUCGGGAACCUCGUCCCGGCCGUCGAAUUCGCCCAACGCCUGGCCGAUCACGACCCUCAGUUCCGAUCCACCAUCCUCGUCAUCACCGAUCCCCACCGGCCCCUCGUCAGCUCCUACGUCCACUCACGAGCCGCCUCCGCCGCUGCCGCCUCCGGCGAUGGUAACCUCCGCUUCGUCCACCUCCCUCAGGCGGACCUGCCUAAUCCGAGCGAGUACCAGUCUGCCUUCGCUUACAUCUCUCUGCACAUGGCGAACCACGCGCCUCUCAUCAAACAAGCCAUAGUUAACCUCAGGUCCGCGGGGACCCGAGUCGCCGCUCUGUUCUUGGAUAUGUUCACUAUACCCAUGGCCGACGUGGCUCUCGAGCUGGGCAUGCCUCACUACCUUUUCUUUGCAUCCCCAGCGAGCUUUCUUGGGUUCACGUCCUAUAUCUUAGACCCUGAAGCUAGGAGGGCGAUCGAGUCUGAGGACAUGAGCAUUGAGUUGCCAAUUCCUAGUUUUGCCAACUCAGUCCCUAAGCGAGUCUUGCCCUCUUUAGUUCUCAAGUGGAAGGAUGCGUUUACGAUGUUUUUAGCCCUUGCGGGGAGGUAUGGCGGGACCAAGGGGAUUGCGAUAAAUACUUUCGACGAGCUUGAAGGGCAUGCGCUCCAGUCGCUGAGCACGAGCGCAGUGCCUCCGGUUUAUUCGGUCGGACCCAUAAUAGACCUCGAUGGACCGGUCAAGUGGCACCCGCAGAGGGCCGAGCAAGAAGCCAUAGUGCAGUGGCUCGACAAGCAGCCGCCUUCAUCGGUGGUGUUCCUGUGCUUCGGGAGCAUGGGGAGCCUGGGCGCGCCUCAGGUGAGAGAGAUAGCGAAUGGGCUGGAGCGGUCCGGGUUCCGGUUCUUAUGGUCGUUACGCGAGCCACCAAGGGGGAAGCUGGACUUUCCAGGUGAAUAUGAGAAGAUGGAUCAACCAUUGCCGGAAGGGUUCUUGGACCGGACGGCUGAGACCGGCUUGGUUUGCGGGUGGGUUCCGCAAGUAACCAUCCUGGCCCAUAAGGCUAUCGGUGGGUUCGUGUCCCACUGCGGGUGGAACUCCAUAUUAGAGAGCCUGUGGUCGGGCGUACCGACGGCCACAUGGCCCAUCUACGCGGAACAGCAGAUGAACGCGUUUCAAAUGGUGGCAGAGCUGGGAUUGGCAGUGGAGGUCAGAUUGGAUUACAGGGAGGGGAGCGCUUUGGUGUCGGCUGAGGAGUUGGAGAGAGGGCUGAGGUGUCUGAUGGACGGCGGUGGCGAGGCGAGGAGCAAGGUGAAGGAGAUGAGGGAUAAGAGCCGGGCGGCUGUGGCGGAACACGGGUCAUCAUAUGCUUCGAUGAGGCGUUUGGUUCAGCAGCUGCGGGAUGGAUUGGAUUUGGAGGAUGAUCAAGAAACGAAGUUUCCACCUAUCAUAUGAUUCUCGUUGUUUUCAUACACAUGUAUGGUCCUCGUUAUUUUCGUUUUUCUCAUGUUCUUAGAACAUCACCAGCGUGCUUAUGUUUCCAGAAAAAAUAUAACCAAUAAAACAACUCAGGAUAUGCA